AUGCUGCCGUCCGUCGCUCAGCCGCAGCCGCCGCACCACUUUCUCUCGCACCUCCACCACCACCAUCACCACCACCUCCUCCUCGACUCGCGGCCCUCCCGCUACGACGAGCCUGCCAACCCCUUCUACGUGGAAAACCAGCGCCCCGCCGCCCUGCCUCCGCCGCCGCCGCCCACGUCGCUCCAGCCCGUCCUCUCGCUCCGAAACCAAUACCUGCGUGCCGCCCCGCGCCCCAGCCCCGUCCCGUCCGCCAGCGAAACCACUCUCCGCCGCAAGACCCCCAACGGCACCCUACCCAACGGCUACGAUGCCACCGACUGCGCCGUCCAGCCCCCGGCCUCCAAGCACAUCCUAGUCUCCGCCCGCGAAACCGACCAGAUGAUCAUGUCCCGCGCCGCUCUGGCCACCGAUACCCGCCAGUAUAAGGCCCUCGAGCCCCCCUCGCUGCUCCAGCCGCGCCCGACCUUCGCCCAUGCCUUCAAGCCCGACUCCCGCCUCAACCCCCUGCCAAACCCCGUCCUCCCGGGCGCCCCCCACCAGACCAACUGGAUUCGUUCGCUGAACUAUCCCCAAGGUAUCGAUUCGAUCCUCCAGCACAACUCGACCCUGGCUCAGCCGCCGCGCGUCUACUGGCAGAACAUUCCCGCCAACCCGACCGUCUUGGCCUCGUCGUUUCAGCCCAUUGGCCGCGGAUCCGCUGGCCAAACCGGCGUAGGACAGUACGGGCCCUACUGGCCGGACGGUGGGUAUAUCCCGUAUCGCCCGGCCGCCUUUCGAGACGCGCGGUAUCAAUCUCUCCCCCUCAUUGACCAGAAUCUUCCUCUCAACAACGGCACGUCCUUUCCCGGCCUGCAGUCGAAUUUCAAUGCACAACCCGCCUCGCUCUCAGAAGUGCCCAUCCCAGGUCUGCCAUGGAGCGUUUUGGCGGCACAGCAAAAUCAGAACCUGCCACGCUUGUAUAACUCCGAAUCUCUCGACCAGCAACACUUUCCUGCCCAGCAUGCCGCCCAGCAGCAGCAGCAACAGCAGCCAGAGGCUUUCUGGAAUCAAAAUGCCAUGCCGUUUAACGCUCCCCAGCCGGCUAAUCAGGCCUCUCAUCCGAUGCAUCCCAUGAACAAUAAUAAUUGGCAUACCCAGCCUAUUCCACUACAUGCCCCAGUACAAGGCGCCGCCCAGAGACCUCGGAAUGCAGAAUUUAAAGAAAAGAUAUUAGCAUGGGCUCACAGUGUUUAUGUUGAUUUACUAGCCUCGCUGCAUAGCGCUCGAAGGAAAAACACCGCCCAGGGAACGUCCGGCGCGGGAUCGCGCGACCAGAACAAGCCAUGCAUAUUCCCCCGGCCCCCCCGCCAGCCUGGUUCCGAUUUCAGCUCGCAACAACCGGUCCUUGAAAACCACCGCUCGCUCCCAUUCCAAAUACCCCAGCAACAUGCCGCCGCCCCAGCUGGUCCCCCCAUGGAUUCCCGCCGCCAUUCAGCCCAUUUCACGUCUUCCCAGUUCGGAUUCCCUCAAAGUGACCACGACGGGCGCGGCCAUUUUGCUCAGCAGCUCGACGGAUUCCGGGCAGUUCGUCGGUCGUCUGCGGCGGCGGUGCCGCGCAUGCCCAACCCGGCGUUUAAAGGAGUGUCUGCGGCGGAAAAAGCUGCUUCGGCGUUGGAGAUUUUGUCGAGUUUGUGCAUCGAGAGUAAUUGGGACUGGAUCGACGGCAUGCUGGUUGGAGGAUGUCUUGCCUACGGGCUGGGCGAUUAUCCGAAGGCUAUGCGCUGGUACAAUCGAAUAAUUACGAAAGAUCCUUCACACGUUGAGGCUAUAUCUAAUCUCGCCGCCACGCUUCUCGCCUUGGAACGACGCGACGACGCUCUCGAGCAUUGGUUCCGGGCGAUUAAAUUACGACCAAGCUACUUCGAAGCCGUUGAGCACCUUGUUGGCCUUCUGUGCAGCAGCCAACGUGGCAAAGACGCUGUUAACGUAAUCCAGUUUGUGGAACAGGCCCUUCGACCGACGUCCAACGGCGAUUGUUUCAGAGCGAAGGAUGCCGAUGACGAAUCCGGAAGCGAAUCGGAAGGCAGAGAAUCAAUUGUCUCAGCCGUCGAAUCCAUAGACAAGGUUGCUCUGGAUUACCACGACGACAUCCACAGCCCGCUCGCGUUUAACUCGUACCCGGUGAAGAAAACUGCCGAUGGGUUUGGAUCGAGCGGAUAUGCGAUCCCAGGGUCGGAUAACGGGAGAAUGCUGGCCCUAAUACACGCCAAGGGAAAUAUGCUUUAUGCUCUAGGGGACAAUGCUGGCGCAGCGGCGGCAUUUGAAGAUGCUAUUUUAGUCGGCGCAGGCCGGACACAGAGCAUAAAGGGCCUUAUUCGCAAGAUUCUGGAUGCGUAUAGCGAUGACGCACGGCACGGUAUCCCCUCGGACUCGACGCAUCGGGUAUCCAGGAACACCGUCUUGCUCUUCCCCGACCGGGCGUUGCUGACGGCGAAGCUAGUCUUUCCGCAGAAUGGGCAGCUUCCGGGCCUGCAUUUCGUGCCCGAGGGGAUGAGUAAGAAAGCGGCGAUUUCGACAACGAGCAACUCGCUUCUGUCUCUCGCGAAGAUCUACCAGGAUGGCAUGUCGAGCUCCUCGGCGUCAGGCGCGCCGAAGGUGACUCCUGGCGUGCGAGAUAUCCUUGCGCUUUACUAUCUUUCGCUCUCCCUGCAGCCUAGUCCAUCGACGGCGAAUAAUGUUGGGAUCCUGCUUGCAAGCAUCCAGACCACGGGCAGCACAAAGACGACUCGCAUCGCGGGCGAAAGUCAACUUCCUGACAUCCCCGGUGUCGUUCCCGGCAGCGGCAUUGCCCUCGCGCUGGCUUAUUACAAUUACGGAUUGAAUCUCGAUUCAAAGCAUGCUCAUCUCUACACUAACCUUGGCAGUUUACUCAAAGAUAUCGGCCAGCUCCCCGCGGCGAUCAAGAUGUACGAGCAAGCGGUGCAGUGCGAUAGCAACUUUGAUAUUGCCCUGGCCAAUCUUGCGAAUGCGGUGAAGGAUUCCGGGCGCGUCAACGAUGCGAUCGGGUACUAUCGACGGGCGGUCAAUGCCAACCCGAAUUUCGCGGAAGCUGUUUGCGGACUGGCGAAUGCCUUGAACUCCGUGUGCAAUUGGACGGGUAGAGGCGGAAUCUCGAUGAGUCGGGGAAUAAGGGAUCGAUGGCACGUCGAUGAUCAGGGAAUGCUGCGCGAGGCGAAGGAGAUGGGUGUAGAUUCCGGCUGGAUCACGCGCGUCGUUGAUAUUGUCGAUAAGCAGCUCAAGGACGGCGAGGUAUGGGGCUGUGGCGUGCUGCAGACCCUGUCUAUCGAGCGCUUCUACCAAACUUUUGCCGCGACCCAGGAGAACAAGGUUGUUGCUGCGAAGCAAGCUGCGCUGAAGACUAUUCUGCAGUCGUGGGCGGGCAAGAAAUGGGAAGGGUCUCGGGUGGUGCGGCUCAUCGAGAGGGCCAUACGGUGGAUUGCCUGGCAAUGGUACCAGGACCGAUACGUGCGGCGAGUCGAGUAUAACCUGUCGAAAUACACUCGCCCGCAUCUGCCGAGCGGGCUGUCGCCGCCUACUGCGCCAACUGUCCUGCCAUUCCACACGUUUACAUGCCCUCUGUCGGCCAAGCAAAUCCGUCAUAUCUCGCAACGCAAUGGGCUUCGGAUAUCGUGCUCGACGCUGCGGUCGCCCUGGCUGCCUUCCACCGUCUACCGGCCUCCGGCUCCUCCAAACCCGCAUCUCAAUGUUGGCUAUGUGUCGUCCGACUUCAACAACCACCCUCUGGCGCAUCUGAUGCAGUCCGUUUUCGGCCUGCACAACCCGCGGCGCGUCAAGGCGUUUUGCUACGCGACUACCGCCAGCGACAAUUCCGUCCACCGGCAGCAGAUCGAACGCGAGGCCCCCGUAUUUCGAGACGUCAGCAGCUGGUCUGUCGAUCGGAUCGUCGAGCAGAUCGUCAGCGAUGGGAUUCACAUCCUGGUCAAUCUGAACGGGUAUACGCGCGGAGCGCGAAAUGAAGUGUUUGCUGCGCGGCCGGCGCCGAUUCAUAUGUCGUUCAUGGGGUUCGCGGGGUCCCUGGGCGCGGAGUGGUGCGACUACAUCCUGUCCGAUCAGCUGUCGAUACCGCCGGAGACGCUCUCCCCGCGUAAGCGCAGCGUUAGGUUGGAGGAUCGGCUGUUCGAGGCGGAUCAUGCGGAAGACACCGAGGACUGGGUGUAUGGCGAGCGGGUGGUGUUCACACGGCAUACUUUCUUCUGCUGCGAUCAUCGCCAGAGCGCGCCGGACGCCAAGGGCAAGCGCUUAACGUGGGAUGAGGAGCAGCGGAAUAGGUGGGAGAUGAGGAAGGAGUUGUUUCCGAGUUUGCCGGAUGAUGCGAUCAUUCUGGGGAAUUUCAAUCAGCUGUAUAAGAUUGAACCGACUACAUUCAGAAGCUGGUUGCGCAUCCUCGCGCGCCUCCCGAAUGCGAUUCUCUGGCUGCUCCGAUUCCCGGAUCUAGGCGAGCAGAAUCUUCGACAGUCCGCGGUAGCGUGGGCGGGCGAAGCCACAGCGUCACGCAUCAUCUUCACGGACGUGGCGCCCAAACACGCGCACAUCUCGCGGGCGCGGGUGUGCGAUCUCUUCCUCGACACGCCGGAGUGCAACGCGCACACGACGUCGGCGGACAUCCUGUGGAGCGGCACGCCGCUCAUCACGUUCCCGCGCUACAAGUACAAGAUGUGCUCGCGCAUGGCGUCGAGCAUCCUCACCAGCGCGCUGCCGCAGAACGCGGCGGGCCGCGACGCCGCCGCCGAGCUGAUCACGUCCUCGGAGGAGGAGUACGAGAACAAUGCCAUCCGGCUGGGGCUGGAGAUGAAGUACGAAGCCGGCGGCCUCGGGCGGGCGUCGGGCCGGCUGUUCGAGCUGCGCAAGAUGCUGUUUCUGAACCGGUGGGAGAGCAAGCUGUUUGAUACUAAGAGAUGGGUGAACGAUGUGGAGUCGGCGUAUGAGGCAGUUUGGAGUAAAUGGGUUGAUGGAGAAGAGGGGGAUAUAUGGCUUUGA